AUGCUCGCUCCACUCCGUCUCUCCUGUCCCACCCUCCUCUCCUCCCCCCCAGUCACACUGUUCCACGUGUUAAUCGCUUUAUGGAUUCUGAUCGGCGUGGGCGUGUGCGUGUGGCGGUUCGUGGCAAGGCAGUACCAGUGGCACGGGGAGCGGCGGGGGGAGCUGAGGCAAUGGUGUUCGCAACGAGCCAUAAUGCUGGAGCAGCAGCUGCUGGCGCACACCGGGCAGACGCAGACGCUGGCAGGUUUGGUGUCGUCCCUGGGUCGCAUGGCUGAGGACGGCCAAUGGGCGCUGGACACGUGUCUCUCUGAGAGGCGUUGGCUGGCGUAUCUCAGCCAAACCAAGUCCACCCGGCCUGGAGGCGCUGAGGCGUUUGCGUGUCUCUAUGUCACAAAUGCCCAGAGGCGUGUCUUUGAGCGGCGCAACAACGCCUCGAUCACCGAUGCGUUCACCGCCCUGCCACGCAUGCCUGCUCCAAUCUACUGCCCCAAGGUGCUGGACGUGAACAGUGAGUCAGGGGCUGCUCUCCUCUCAGACGCCCUCCAGGCCUUCCCCUCAGAGCUUGCUCUCGUGCAUUCCUUAGCCAAGGAGGUGCUGGACGUGAACAGUGAGUCAGGGGCUUCUCUCCUCCCAGCCGCCCUCCAGGCCUUCCCCUUGGAGCUUGCUCUCGUGCAUUCCUUAGCCAAGGAGGCUAUUGCUCCGGGCUGCUCUCCUCCCAGCCGCCCUGCAGGCCUUCCCCUCGGAGCUUGCUCUCGUGCAUUCCUUAGCCAAGGAGGCUAUGGCUCCGUCCCGCCCCCCAUCACCUCCACCCACCACCAGGUGCUGGACUUGGACAGCAAGUCAGGGGCUGCUUUCCUGUCAGACGCCCUGCAGGCCUUCCCCUCAGAGCUUGCUCUCGUGCGUGCCUCAGCCAAGGAGACAUUCACGCUGCCCUACGCCACCACCGCCACUAGCACUGCUGGUCUGGGGGUGGUGUUCCCGGUGCUGCAGCAGCAUCCCUUCCCCACGUCCCCCUUGCAGCAGCAGCAGGCACAGGCAGCAGUGGUGGGAGCAGUGACCACCACCAUCAACCUCACUGCUGUCGUGCAGAGCGUGCUCGCUGAGAUCUUCGCAUCCUCCACUCCAUCCACACGUGAUCGGAACCGCACUGCUGUCGUGCAGAGCGUGCUCGCUGAGAUCUUCUCAUCCUCCACUCCAUCCACACGUGAUCGGAACCGCACUGCUGUCGUGCAGAGCGUGCUCGCUGAGAUCUUCUCAUCCUCCACUCCAUCCACACGUGAUCGGAACCGCACUGCUGUCGUGCAGAGCGUGCUCGCUGAGAUCUUCUCAUCCUCCACUCCAUCCAUACGUGAUCGGAACCGCACUGCUGUCGUGCAGAGCGUGCUCGCUGAGAUCUUCUCAUCCUCCACUCCAUCCACACGUGAUCGGAACCGCACUGCUGUCGUGCAGAGCGUGCUCGCUGAGAUCUUCUCAUCCUCCACUCCAUCCAUACGUGAUCGGAACCGCACUGCUGUCGUGCAGAGCGUGCUCGCUGAGAUCUUCUCAUCCUCCACUCCAUCCACACGUGAUCGGAACCGCACUGCUGUCGUGCAGAGCGUGCUCGCUGAGAUCUUCUCAUCCUCCACUCCAUCCACACGUGAUCGGAACCGCACUGCUGUCGUGCAGAGCGUGCUCGCUGAGAUCUUCUCAUCCUCCACUCCAUCCACACGUGAUCGGAACCGCACUGCUGUCGUGCAGAGCGUGCUCGCUGAGAUCUUCUCAUCCUCCACUCCAUCCAUACGUGAUCGGAACCGCACUGCUGUCGUGCAGAGCGUGCUCGCUGAGAUCUUCUCAUCCUCCACUCCAUCCACACGUGAUCAGCACCGCACUGCUGUCGUGCAGAGCAUGCUCGCUGAGAUCUUCUCAUCCUCCACUCCAUCCACACGUGAUCGGAACCGCACUGCUGUCGUGCAGAGCGUGCUCGCUGAGAUCUUCUCAUCCUCCACUCCAUCCACACGUGAUCGGAACCGCACUGCUGUCGUGCAGAGCGUGCUCGCUGAGAUCUUCUCAUCCUCCACUCCAUCCACACGUGAUCGGAACCGCACUGCUGUCGUGCAGAGCGUGCUCGCUGAGAUCUUCUCAUCCUCCACUCCAUCCAUACGUGAUCGGAACCGCACUGCUGUCGUGCAGAGCGUGCUCGCUGAGAUCUUCUCAUCCUCCACUCCAUCCACACGUGAUCGGAACCGCACUGCUGUCGUGCAGAGCGUGCUCGCUGAGAUCUUCUCAUCCUCCACUCCAUCCAUACGUGAUCGGAACCGCACUGCUGUCGUGCAGAGCGUGCUCGCUGAGAUCUUCUCAUCCUCCACUCCAUCCACACGUGAUCGGAACCGCACUGCUGUCGUGCAGAGCGUGCUCGCUGAGAUCUUCUCAUCCUCCACUCCAUCCACACGUGAUCGGAACCGCACUGCUGUCGUGCAGAGCGUGCUCGCUGAGAUCUUCUCAUCCUCCACUCCAUCCAUACGUGAUCGGAACCGCACUGCUGUCGUGCAGAGCGUGCUCGCUGAGAUCUUCUCAUCCUCCACUCCAUCCACACGUGAUCGGAACCGCACUGCUGUCGUGCAGAGCGUGCUCGCUGAGAUCUUCUCAUCCUCCACUCCAUCCAUACGUGAUCGGAACCGCACUGCUGUCGUGCAGAGCGUGCUCGCUGAGAUCUUCUCAUCCUCCACUCCAUCCACACGUGAUCAGCACCGCACUGCUGUCGUGCAGAGCAUGCUCGCUGAGAUCUUCUCAUCCUCCACUCCAUCCACACGUGAUCGGAACCGCACUGCUGUCGUGCAGAGCGUGCUCGCUGAGAUCUUCUCAUCCUCCACUCCAUCCACACGUGAUCGGAACCGCACUGCUGUCGUGCAGAGCGUGCUCGCUGAGAUCUUCUCAUCCUCCACUCCAUCCACACGUGAUCGGAACCGCACUGCUGUCGUGCAGAGCGUGCUCGCUGAGAUCUUCUCAUCCUCCACUCCAUCCACACGUGAUCGGAACCGCACUGCUGUCGUGCAGAGCGUGCUCGCUGAGAUCUUCUCAUCCUCCACUCCAUCCACACGUGAUCGGAACCGCACUGCUGUCGUGCAGAGCGUGCUCGCUGAGAUCUUCUCAUCCUCCACUCCAUCCAUACGUGAUCGGAACCGCACUGCUGUCGUGCAGAGCGUGCUCGCUGAGAUCUUCUCAUCCUCCACUCCAUCCACACGUGAUCGGAACCGCACUGCUGUCGUGCAGAGCGUGCUCGCUGAGAUCUUCUCAUCCUCCACUCCAUCCACACGUGAUCGGAACCGCACUGCUGUCGUGCAGAGCGUGCUCGCUGAGAUCUUCUCAUCCUCCACUCCAUCCAUACGUGAUCGGAACCGCACUGCUGUCGUGCAGAGCGUGCUCGCUGAGAUCUUCUCAUCCUCCACUCCAUCCACACGUGAUCAGCACCGCACUGCUGUCGUGCAGAGCAUGCUCGCUGAGAUCUUCUCAUCCUCCACUCCAUCCACACGUGAUCGGAACCGCACUGCUGUCGUGCAGAGCGUGCUCGCUGAGAUCUUCUCAUCCUCCACUCCAUCCACACGUGAUCAGCACCGCACUGCUGUCGUGCAGAGCAUGCUCGCUGAGAUCUUCUCAUCCUCCACUCCAUCCACACGUGAUCGGAACCGCACUGCUGUCGUGCAGAGCGUGCUCGCUGAGAUCUUCUCAUCCUCCACUCCAUCCACACGUGAUCGGAACCGCACUGCUGUCGUGCAGAGCGUGCUCGCUGAGAUCUUCUCAUCCUCCACUCCAUCCACACGUGAUCGGAACCGCACUGCUGUCGUGCAGAGCGUGCUCGCUGAGAUCUUCUCAUCCUCCACUCCAUCCACACACCGAUCAUUUGAGCUCUACGAUACCACAGACCCUGCCUCCCCGCUCAUGUUCACAGGCCCCACGCCGCUCAUGUUCACAGGCCCCACGCCGCUCAUGUUCACAGGCCCCACGCCGCUGCUCUUUUCUGCCCUUGCCUGCUUCUCUUCUCUUGCCUGCUUCUCUUGCCUGCUCCUCACCUCACCUUCCCCAUUCCGCUCCGACCGAUCAGUUGAGCUCUACGAUACGACAGACCUUGCCGCCCCGCUCAUGCUUGCCAGCCCCAUGCCGCUGCUCUUCCAGCCGCAGCCCGGCCAGCCGGUCGCCCCGCUGCUGCCGCUGCCCCCCUCGGUGCUGCGCCGUAUUGAGCAAGCGGAGAGGAAUGAGGCACUGCUGGAGAGGGGAGCUCACCUGCCUGAGACGGAUUCUCAGGUGGAGCAGAUGAGAGCUGAGAUGGCGGAGCUGAGUCGUCAGCUGGCUGAGAGAGAGCCAGCUGACGACUCAGCUCCGCCAUCUCAGCUCUCAUCUGCUCCACCUGAGAAUCCCAGGUUCACGGAGCCCCCCUCUUGGUUUGUUGAAUACAGAAUGCCCAUCCUCUGGACGCUGCUGGUGCUGGCGCUACUGGUAACCCAAUCCCCCCCUGUCCCUCCCACUGUACGCCCCAACCGAUUCACGGAGCCGCCAUCGCGGUUCAUGGAGUAUGGAAUGCCGACCCUGUUCACACUGCUGGUGCUGGCGAUAGUGACCCGAUUCCCCCCUGCAUGUCCGUUCUCUCCCACUUGUUUCCAGACCAGGUUCACGGAGCCCCCCUCUUGGUACAUGGAGUAUGUGAUGCCGACCCUCUUCACCCUGCUCGUGCCGGCGCUGGUAGCGCUGGUGGCGGUGGUGGCGUGCCCGCAGCGGCGCCAGUUCACGGAGCCCCCGUCUCGGUUUGAAGAGUAUGUUCUGCCGACCCUCUUCACCCUGCUGGUGCUGGCGCUGGUAGCGCUGGUGGCGGUGGUGGCGUCCCUGCAGCGGCGGCAGUACGAGCAGAGCAGGCGGGCAGCAGUGGAGGCGGAUGCGAUGAGGGCGGAGGCGGAGGGGGCGGAGAGGAGCAAGAGCUGCUUUGUCGCGAGCAUGACUCAUGAGCUGCGCACUCCCAUGCUUGGCAUCAUCGGCAUGCUAGACAUGCUCUCGGACUCACAUCUUUCUAGCAACCAGCUCUCAGACUUAAGCACAGCGCGCACCUCUGCCCUCAAGGUGCUGAAGCUGGUGAACCAGGUGCUGGACCUCUCCAAGCUGGAGGCGGGGCGGCUGCAGCUGGAGCCGGGCGGGUUUGACGUGCACGCGUGGGUGGAGGGGGUGGUGGGCCGGCGGUGGGCGGAGGCGCAAGAGAGGAACUUGCACUUGGCAGCAGUAGUGGACGCCGAUGUGCCGCCUCAGCUGGUGGGGGAUCAACUGCGCCUCGCCCAAGUGCUCUCUCAAGUGAUGGGUGGGUGCUCACUUACUGUCGCCUCUUCUGUUCAGUUUUUGAGGUGCCUAUCAGAGUCUAUCACAAGUCAAGCCAUGGAUGGGCUGUUCAGUUCGGAUGUCUGGCCAGCUCAAAAGAUGUCUGGCCAGCUCAAAAGAUACUACGCCUUGUCAUUCACACCGCACGGGGGCUACGUGCUGGUGCGGGUGGCUGUGGUGGAUGCUCAUGUGCCCAUGGCUCAGCUGGCUCAGUGGAACGCGUCCUGUGCUGCAGCCAGCAGCGCGAGGGUGACUACACUGAUAGGCUCAGACGAUGUGACUAUAACAGGGGAUGCUGACGCAGCAGCAGCAGCAGCAGCAGCAGCAGCAGCAGCAGCAACGGCUUGCUUUGCUGGCAGUGCUGGACCGUGCGGAGAGAAGCAGAGCUGUUGUCAAGCUAUGGCUGCUCGCAAUACGCUCAAUACGCGCAAACGGCCAGGAUAUGGCAAAAGUAGUGUGUGUGACUGUAGAGGAGCAGAACCAUGCAACCUUCGUGGUCCCUGCAUACGUGGUAACUGUACAAGCGGCAUCAGUGGUAACCGUAUUAUGGGUGGUAGUAGUAACCAUACAGUCCACGUGGAUUGUGACUGUCACUACGGCGGAAGAAGGGGAGCAGCAGCAGGCGGGGCAAUGCAGCUGGUGGUGACGUGUGAGCACAGCGGGUGUGACAACAGCGAGACCAUGAAUGGAUUCAUGUUUCGAUUUGAGGAGAUGCGUAGCUUGCAGGAGGGAGCUGAGGAAGCUGCUGCGAAGCUCAGCCUUGUGUUAGCUAAGCAACUGGUGACUCUAAUGAAGGGUGACAUGAGCUGCAAGGUCGACCCUGUUACAGGAACAGCUUUCACCCUCGCCAUACCCAUACUCUCUGCUCCACCACAGCUGCCCCAGACAAGCCUUUCUUCAACAGCCCUCCACCAGAUCAACCUGUCUCAUACAAGCCUGCCCUUUUUAAAAGCCGUUUUUCCGGCUGCCACUCCUGCCACUGCACCUGCUGUCGAUGCCGCGCCUUCUGCUCAAGUGGACGGCUGGGAGAACCAUGGAACCAUGGCCAUGGGAGCCAUGGUUACCAUGAUGCUCGGCGGCAUGGGACGGGACCUUUCUGCAGACCUUUCUGGAGUGCUGGUGGUGGCGGAUGGCCAGCCGGAGAGAGCAAAGCUGACUUCCCGUGUGUUGACACACUUAGGAGCAUCCGUGCUGCUGGCGAACGAUGAACAGGCAGCAGCUUCCUUCUUAGCCGAUUCUCACACCUCCCACCAACGAUCUUCACGUUCCCACUCGCACCAGCAGCACUUAGUUAAGUUGUGUGGGAAGCAGGUGGUGGUGGUAGUGAGCGGGGAGGCUGGCCUGAAGAGGUUCCAAGAGGCGUUUUCUCAACUGACCAUACUCCUCCCACCAGCAUCGCCUUCACCACCCACCUCGUUAUACUUCAACCUCUCGUUAACCUCUCAUUUCACUUCUCCCUCUUUAUCCCUUGGCCUCCCUCUCACCCCUGUCCCGCAGACCAUACUCCUACACCAGCAUCGCCUGCACCACCCACCUUCUCCCUACCCAGCCGGAUCUCAGCAGUCAGCCACCACUGCUACUGCCAAUGUCACUGCCUCUGCCGCUGCUGCUGCCACUGCCACUGCUCCUGCUGUGGGCCCAGCCGCUUCCAUGCCAUCGCCAAUAACACUAACAGCAGCACUCACUCCGGCUGCAACCUCUGCUGCUACAGCCUCUGUUGCGACAGCUGUGCCUGCUGCUAUCCCCACUGAUGCUUCAAGUGGUGCUGGCAUUGGCAGUUCUAAUGCCGAUUGCAGAAAGAGGGUUACAUUUAUGGAGGGGGGGAGUCGAGGUGGAGGGCCAGCAGGGAGAGGGGGAGCAGAAGGAGUGGGAGCAAAGGAGCGAGCGGCGGCAGCAGGAGAAGGAGCAACCGCAGCAGGAGGAGGGGUUGCGGCAGGUGGAGGGGUUGCGGCAGGAGGAGGGGUUGCGGCAGGAGGAGGGGUUGCGGCAGCAGCAGCAAGAGGAGGAGGAGUAGCAGCAGGAGGAGAAGGGGAAGGGGAGAGUCUGCUAGCUGGGCUGAGAAUCAUGGUGGUGGACGAUGCGGCGGUGAAUCUGCUUGUGGCGCGCCGCACUCUCACUCGCAGCGGCGCCACCGUCGCCACCGCAGGCAGUGGGGAGGAGGCGCUGCGGCAAGUCAAGCUCGCUCUGGAGGACACUGCGGGGGCGGUGCAUGCACAUGUGGAUGUGGUGCUCAUGGACCUGCAGAUGCCCCUUAUGGACGGGUUCGCAGCCACAGCAGCCAUACGAGCACACGAGCAAGCCCUGCUUUGUCAUCCUGCAUCUCCACCAGAAGCCACAGCCAGAGCAGCAACGGCAGAUGCACAAUCAUGCACACAAGCAUCAGUCAACCCCGCCAUCCCUCGGCUCCUCAUAGUGGCUCUCACAGCAGAUGUGGAUGCUGAAAUCACUCGGCGCUGCCUUGCAAGUGGUUUUGAUGGCGUUUUGCAGAAGCCUGUCGACCCAAAGCUGCUGGCGCAACUGCUGCUCCGGCUUGGUUUCCCAAAGCUGUCCCCUGCUGCGAGCAGUGCUGCCACGCGGCUCUCCCCCUUUCAGAUCGCUCGUCGGCCGUCGCACACCGUCGCUCGUCCAUCGUCGCACGCCGUCGCUCGUCGCUCGUGGCGCGUCCUCCUUCUCCUGCUCCUUGCCCUCGCUCUCGCAACCCGCCUUGCUGCCGCGUCUGAUGACGCGGCCUCUCCUCCACCGCACGAUUCUGGGUCAUCAGAAGAAUCAACGGCGACCACUGUGCCCGAGACGGAUGCAAAGCUAGACGCUGCCCAUGGGUCUGCCCUUGCCAUAACAUCUACUGAAGCAAUGUGUGUACCUUUCUCCUUCCAAACCCCUGCGCCCUUCCACCCCCUCCCCCAGACGACACCCCCAGCCCAUGGGUCUGCCCUUGCCAUAACAUCUACUGAAGCAAUGUGUGUACCUUUCUCCUUCCAAACCCCUGCGCCCUUCCACCCCCUUCCCCAGACAACACCCCCCCAGUAUGGGUCUGCCCCUGCAAUUCCUCCUUCAACCCAUCACCCACCCAACCUCCUAGCACCUCCAUCCCCACUAUAG